AUGACUUCGAAAGUGCUAUUUUUGGCAAUGCGAUCUUGGAAGAGAACAGAAUGGUAUUGGCCUACAGGAUAAAUUAUUAAAAAUUUGUGUUUAGAUGAAAAUACAUUUUCAAUAAAUUCUACAAGUGGAGAUUUAUGGAUAUUAAAAUCAUUUGAUCGUGAAAUAAAAUCAAAUUAUUCUUUAUUAAUUUGUGCAUUUGAUGGAAUAUAUCAAACAUGUUCAUCUAUAUUUUUAAAUAUUCUUGAUGAAAAUGAUAAUAUUUGUAAAUUUAAUUUAUCAUCAAUAACAUUAACAAUAAAUGAAAAUCUUCCAUCAAAUACAAAUUUAAUAAAAAUUCAAGCAUUUGAUCCAGAUUAUAAAGAAAAUGGAACACUUUAUUAUAAAUUAUCAUCUAAAACAUCUUAUUUAAAUAUUAAUUUAACAACAGGAAUUAUUCAAACAACAAUAAAUUCAUUUGAUUAUGAAUUAAUUCAAAUAUAUUCAUCAUUAAUUAUAGCUUGUGAUAAUAUUAAUUCAUUACCAUCAUUAUGUUGUUAUUUAAAAUUAUAUAUAAAUAUAAAUGAUAUUAAUGAUAAUUUACCUUAUUUAAUUUAUCCAUCAUCAAUAAAUGAUAUAUUUAUUAUUGAUUAUACAAAUAAAACAAUGCCUCGUUUAAAAGCAUUUGAUAAUGAUAUUGAUCUUAAAAAUCGUUUUAUAUCUUAUUCUAUUAUUGGUGGUUCACUUAAUUCAUCAAUAACUAUUGAUUAUCUUUCAGGUCAAUUAUAUCUUUUAUCAACAUCAAAACUUCCACUUUAUGGUACUCUUAUUAUUUCACUUUCUUCUCAAACAAAUAUUCAAUUAACAAUAUUUAUUCAUGAUAAUCAAACUGAUCCACAAAAAUUUUUAAUAUCAAUACAACAAUAUUCAUUUUCAUCACAAUUAUUUUAUUUUAUUUCUUUUAUUUCAAUAACUAUUAUAAUUUUUUUUCUUAUAACAAUUUUUCUUAGUUUUUACUUUUUUAAACAAAAACAAAAACAAAAACAAAAACAUGAUGAUGAUCCGUUAAUGAAUACACCAUCAACAACAACACUUUCUGCUCGAUCAAUAUUAACAACAACUAAUAAAAAAAUUUAUGAUACUUAUUAUUCAUUUGGAGAUAGUGUUACUCCUGAUAUUAUUCAUGUUUAA